AUGGACAAGAAGAAGAUCACCCUGUUGAGCUCCGACGGCGAGGCGUUUGAGGUGGACGCUGCGGUGGCCAUGAUGUCCAAGACCAUCGAGCACAUGGUCGAGUUCGACUGUGUAGAGGACACGAUCCCCCUCCCCAACGUCACCUCCAGGAUCCUUGUCAAGGUCAUUGAGUACUGCCAGAAGCACGUUCUUGAUGAUCCUGCCAAGUCUUCCGACGACAAGGCAGAACUCAAGUCUUGGGAUGACAAUUUCGUUAAAGUCGACCAAGCCACCCUAUUCGAACUUAUGUUGGCUGCAAAUUACAUGGACAUUAAGGGGUUGCUGGAUUUGUUAUGCCAAAGUGUAGCUGAUAUGAUUACGGGAAAGUCUCCUGAAGAGAUUCGUAAGACGUUCAACAUCAAGAACGACUUCACCCCUGAAGAAGAGGAAAAAGUUCGCAGGGAGAGUCAAUGGGCGUUCGAAUAA